AUGUCGGUCUACUAUUGCCAUUGUGCCGACAGUCUCCUAGUCAACGGCGACUAUGGUGCAAGCUGCUUCGUUGGGGUCUGCGAUCACGGUGGAGAUGGCUUCCUCCCCCCCCCCCCCCCCCCCCCCCCCUUCGUCCGAUCUACGAUCUCAAGCCUUACCUUCAUGAGAAGACGGUCAUUGUCUAGAGAUUUGGCGUGGGUGGCUCUUCACCUGGGGUCAAUAGCUUUGGUCCUCCUUUUCACGGUAUUGGGCUAG